AAUGGUUUAAUUGGCUUCCAAUAGAAGCAUGAUGGUGAAAGCCAUCAAUUCUACCUGGAGCAUAAUUCAAACUUUAUACUUUGCCAUAAUUCUCUUCUUCUUUACUCUUUUUGGUAUGAAGAAAGAAUCUAAUAAAUAUUCAAAAGAGGAAUUAAAAUAUAUAAUAAAUGAAAGUAAUGAUUGCCAUAUAUUAUUUUUAGAAAUGCCUAUCAAGAGAAAACCAAAGGAUGACGAAGAUGAUAAUGAUAAAGAAGGAACUAAACCAAAAAUUUUUAGAGGAUUUGGAGGAGGAGCAGAUUGUAAAAGUUGAG